AUGCUCCAUCCAUUCAUAUUCCUGAUAUUUGUGGUUCCUCUGUCCUCUCCUUCUCCCAUGACACCAAACCCUUUAAAAUUUGGAUGCCAACCUGGCAACCCAAAAGAAUGUGAAAAGGCUUCUUUUGUGCCUGGUCAUACCUUGCUGGGAGAAGGGUUAAAUAUUGUAACAAUGAAGAGAACCCAUGCUUUCCUCCUGGACCUGCAGAGCUAUAAAAAGAAGAACAAAACCUGCACAUUAUGUAAAAAUAUCCAUCAUCAAAACAUCCUGGAGAAAAUUCCAAUAGCCAUGAUCGACUGGCAACCCCAGACUUCAUGUUCCAAAUCAAUCACUAGCAGCAUCUCCCAUUCAAAAGUAACACUGGCCAACCAAGAAACCUCGUCCAUUUCCAAUGACUGGAAAGUAGGGCUCAAUGUGUCUGAUCCAAUAAAUAAAGUUUCUAUGGCAAGUGGAGGUUCCCACUCUAGAAUGGCAGAAUUUGCUACAACAAAAUCUAUGACUGACAAAUACCAGUUCCUCAGCAAUGAACUUCAAUGCUUAUUCUACAGUUUCCGUCUUUCUUCAGAUGCACCCCUGAGCCCUGAUUUUGCGAAGACCCUACGCCAACUCCCAGCUUCUUACAACGCGGCUACCAAAGAGCAGUACCAUAAUCUCAUAUCAACAUUUGGAACCCAUUACAUCACCCAAGCCCAGGUAGGGGGACGAUUUAAGGAUGUCACUGCCGUGAGGACCUGCCAAGUGGCUAUGAAUUCCCUGAAAAUCAGUGAAGUCAAAGAUUGUCUGGCGUUGGAAGCAGCGGCAGCUACAAAAGUCAAAACAGAAGAUGUCAGUGGCGAUAUGACCUUUAAUUUGUGCAUGGAAAAGGCAAAAGAACUGAGUCUAGGAAACAGUUUUCGAACAAACUUUGAUGAACGAAUGUUCGAGGUAAAAGGUGGGAAAGCUACAUUUAAUCUGUUUGAUGAGAAAUCAGGAGCGACGCCUGAAGCAUUUUCAGCUUGGAUGGAGAGCCUCAAAACUAUUCCUGAUCUGGUUACCUUUUCCCUGAGCCCCAUUCACAAUUUAGUGAGAUUUAGUGGUCCUCAGAAGGAUAAUCUCAAAUUAGCUGUCAGUAAUUAUAUAAAUAGGAUGGCUUUACAUAUGAAAUGCUCCUGCUCAGGAAAUUCUCACCAAAACCAUAAUGGGGACUGCUCCUGUUUCUGCCCAGCAACUAAAUAUGUAAACUCAGAAUGCUGCCCAACCAACAAAGGCCUGGCCCACCUGGUACUAAAUGUUGAUAAGGCAACUGGUCUAUAUGGUGACUAUUUUGGAAAAUCAGAUGCCUAUGUGAUACUCAAGUUUGAUGACCAUGAAGAGAAGACAAAAACUGUGUGGAACAAUGAUAAUCCCGUCUGGAAGGACAGUUACCCAAUUGGUAUGGUGGAGCUCAGUGCUGUGAAAAAGUUCACCAUAGAGGUGUGGGAUGAAGACUAUGGGUAUGAUGAUGAUUUACUUGGCAAGUGUUCUGAGCCCUUGAUGUCAGAAUUUAAAAAAAAAACCUGCCGUUUGGAUUAUGGAACUUUAUCCUAUAGUCUUAAUGUCACUUGUGUCACUCACCUUCAGGGUAACUUCUGUCAAGACUACAGACCAGUUCCACCCUAAAGUAUUUUAUUGUUGGGUUACAUCUGUCUGUCACCCACCAGUAAACAAACGAGUGGCAGAAUCUUCUCUAGAAGACCUAAUAUGCCCUGCUUUUUCUUCCACUGUUUUAUACUGUUGCCCACCUAAAGCCAUCUUUUUUUGUUAUAUGUGAAAUGUUUUAACAUAUUGGGCAAGAUUCGGUUCAGUGAGAAAAAGGUUUAUCAUGUGAAAAUUUCAUGGACAAGAUUCGAUUUGAGAUGCAAUUCAAUUCAGAAGAACGUAUCUCAUGGGUUAUCAAGCGAAAACUCUGUUGGU